AUGACAAGCGCUUCGUUGCUCCUACUGUUCGAAGAGGUUCAGGUGUUUCCAGUCAACUCACGAUACAUCAGCGGAGUCACACAGGCGAUGAAGCCGUGCGGUGCGCUCUGCGGAAAGGUGUUUUACGGUAAUUCAUCCCAUGAUUCCUUUCAGCCAAACGCUAUUUAUGGUUUCUACAGAAAGAUUGUACCGAAUAUAGGGACAGCGACUGGCCAAAAAACGGCUAUAUUAAGAGCACACCGGAGCCUGCGUUUUCUCCAGACAUCGCAAGGCUUCCCGCGAGCGACGGACAUCAUGAACACGGCUGAUUUUCAGACGCAGCUGACGUCCAUAAUGGAAAUUAUGGCGAGGACCGCUGUCGCUGAAAUAAGCAAACUUUUCGAGAGAAAUUCUUUGCUGCUGCGGUUAGAGAUUUCGCGGCGUUCGAGCGAAAACGAAUCCCUGAGAAAGAAAUGCCAUUUCCUGGAGAAGGAACUUCAGUUCGCGCGGAAAACCGCCGGGAAGGUGAACGGGAUAGAAGCUCCGUUCAGCCAUCCGGGACUUACAGACACCGAACGGCAGCCCACCAUCGAUAACGUCUUUGGUAAGGAAUGGUGCAUGAAUCUCUGGAGACACGAGGAGUCAAAUGCUGGUCAGAAGGACGACACGCAAUUAGACUCUUCAGUCAGCGCAGAAGAGGCAAUAAAUUUGCUGGAUGAAGAACCAGAUGUGAUUAUGAUAAAUGAGGAGAUGCUGAAGAAUGGCAAUUGCGCUGGGAAAAAUAAACACGAGGAAGGACCUGCAGCGACCGGUGAUGAGAGAUGUGUCGCCCAGAGCUCUGAAGAUUUUAUCACGUGCACGGUACCUUCAGAUGAGCCAGACGAUCGAAUGUACACCAGACAGCAGCUGAAGAGCAAGCUCGAUGGAGCUCCACACGGAGACAUCGCGCAGCAGGAUGCUGGCCAUCGUCCCGCAAUCGACAACGUCUUCGGCAAGGGAAUGGUGCAUGAACCUCUGGAGACACGAGGAGGCACAUGUUGGAGAGCAGGAGGACACGCAUCUGGGCUCUCCAGUCAUCAUAGGAGAGAGGAACCCGACAUGAUCAUGAUCAAGGAGGAGGCAUUUGAAGAUUGCUCUUCUGGGAUAAACGAGGAAGACCAAGAUAAUCAGAGUGUGCAAGUCCUUAUUUCCAGAGGAAAUCAAAAAAUCCUCCCAGAGUUGGACCUAAACAAGCUUCAGAAUGUGGUCAGUCAUCUUUUCGUUAGUGGUGGGUGUGGAGAAUAGCGGAGGACCUUUCCCUAGUAAGUGUCCGAUCUUCAAGACUUUCUGGAGCCAAUACAGUGUUCGAAAACUUGUAAAACAUUCAAACAAAGAGAAUCCAAUGGUCAAGCGGAUGGAACAUCUAACGAGAUGACGUUCACUCCUUUAUCAUCAAAGCGAGUCCCUUCAGAACAGUCCUUUAUUCCCUCAUUCAUCAAAUCCAGCUGGGUCAGAAGUUAGGUUCCUGGAACACGCGUGCCAGCGGCUCUCGCUCAGGCCACGUCCACUGGAGAAAGCUCGACCAGGACCGAGAAGGAGUUUGUUAGGCUCGUGGUGGCAGCCAUGCAAGCCACUGUCGGACCAAACUUAGCCGCUUGUGGGGAAGUGGCACGAAAUAUCGUGUCUGCAUAUCCCCUGACCUUCGGAGACAUUUCUGAGGAAGGAGAACAGCUGGGAAACGGCUUCAGUUGCUUACAAAGACAGCUAAAAACUAGGGUGGAACAUGUGAAUAGAGAUGUUAUGGAGCACAGGAUUAGAUGGGCCUGAAGACCAUCAUCCGAAAAGACCUGGACAACAGGACAACUACAUAAGGACAAAGAAAUGCGAUGUAAAGUGGACAGUUACGGAUGCAUCAAUUGGCAGCCGUCUUCCAUCCCAGAAGGUGAGGCGGCAGAAUCUCUUGAAAUGAAGAGGAAGGUUGCGGCUGAUUUUCAGUCUGCAGGACCAAAAGCUGCCGAAAGUUGCCCAGCGUAGAUGACUUAAUGCAGCAGGCAUUAUGUUUACCAGCGCCACAUGAUCAACUCAUCCCCUCCUACCAUCAGUGAGAUUGAGGGGCACUGCGUUCCUGUUCACGAAAGAGGCCUCUGCAGGCACUUCAAAAUCCUGACUGGGAUUGACAUCAGAAACCGCUUUAUGAAACUCUUCUGCGUUAAAUAGAGAAUACUGAACUAUUUCGGCAGACAGAGACUGAAGUGGAGCGGAGAGAUCCAGAGCAUGCGCGAGAUCGGCGACGCCAAUGCAACCGACAAUAACAGGAUAGCCAUGUCAGCCAUCCUGUUGAUGAUGAAAUACUUUAAGGAAAAGGACAACGCUGUAUUCAUCUUAGCAGAUGAAAACUCUACUAAGGCGUCCAUCGAAAAUGAAAUCAGCUUACCCGCGGCCUUGCCUCUCAUCAUGCUUUCGUCAUUUUCAUAUAUUUCAGGUGAGACGUUGCUGACUUCUUCAAAGUGGUUUGUCAGUAUUGAAGGCAGAGUAACACAUUCUAUAGACGACCAGCUGGACUUUGCAGCAGCAUUGUCUGUGUUCUUUGGGUGCUUCUAUGCUUUUAAUAUCGAGUAUGAGGAGUCAGCCAGUGCCACCCUGGAGCUUAUUCAGAAGUUCUUCGUGAGGAUUAAUCCGAGGGCACUAAAUGUACCUCAAAUCAGGCACAAGAAGUCGAAGGGCGGAGUUCGACUGUUCAAAGAAACCCAAAACUUAAUACCCACGACCUUCAGCGACACGGUGAUGAAGAUCACGUCGCCUCUGAAAGAUUUUAUGCGUACCGCGGUACUUCCAGAUGACCCAGUCAGUCCAGCGUGCAGCAGAGCGCCAGCUGAAGAACAGAGAAGCUCUCGAUGGAGCGAUCUCUACGCGCGGAGAAAGCACAGCAGAGCAAGCGUUCCUCAGCCCAGCCCACACACAGCACGCAGAGUACUCAAAGAGGAAAAGCGCCUCAUUCGAGGAGAGGCGUACCGUUGCAUGGAGUGUGAAGGCUUUGCUCAGAAGAGCUCUCUAACGUACACCUCCUGA